UUGCAGGAUGGCGAGGGCGAUUUGAAGCAGAAACUGAAGAGGCGAGUAACACGAGCAAAAUUGGUUCACAGCAAAACGCUGGCACUAUACGAUAAGCAGCUCAAUGAAUUUCGUGGAUGUAUGGAACCGCACUUGUUCGACCGGGCUCUCAUCCGUGCCCGAACGGACUGUCCUGAUCUGUUUAUUCCUGAUUUCACACAUGCAAAAGCUUACGCAGAAAGUGAUCAGUGGCCCGGUGAUGAGGAAUUUGUCUUGACUCUCACAGAUGAGUUAGGCAAAAGGUUCGUUCCCCGUUUACUUUUUUUUUCAUUAUUAUAGCA